AUGUCGUACGAACGAGACUUAUUCGGCGGCAGGGGCCGUGACACGCCCCCAAGAGCGCCACCCUCAUACAACCAGAGGCCUCCCACAGGCGGAUUGCCGCCCAGACCGCAGCAGCAAUAUCCGCAACAACCGCAACAGCCUAUGCGCAGUAGCCGUCAAAAUGGCCCUCCAGGAGGCCGCUGGUCGCUUUCACCGGUCAAGAGUCCGGAUAAUUCAUUCACAUUUCGAAAUCUCGUCGCAGUGUCAACACAAGAGUUCCAGCCCUCCCGCGAUGGCUCCGACCUCCUACUCAUGGUCAACGGCAUGUUUGUGGUGUCUGCGAAGCCAAUAGACCAGUUCCAACCAGGCACGAUAGGUCUAUCAGAACCACAGCGAUCAUGGAUGGGCAUUGCGCUUACGGAUCAACUACAAGUCGAGAUCUACGACCCAUUCAGUCAGGGCGGACAGGCAUAUCUGGGCUCGAUGGACUUAGAGGUGGGCUUCGCGGCCAAGAGCAAGACACCACAAACACCAUACGACCAAGAUGACCUGGCGAAAGAGGUGUCCAAGGUCUUCCAGAAUCAGGUCUUCGCACCUGGACAGCGGUUCCUGAUGGACCUACGGAGUGUCCCGCUCAACAUUACAGUCAAGACGGUCGAACUUAUGGAUUUGAACGAGAAGGCAUCAGGGAGUCCGCCCGCCUCAGAUCCUCGUGCACGCGGCAUAUUGACACCACAUACCCAAAUGAACUUCUUCAAGGAUGCUCGGACGCCAAUCAAUAUAAAGGCCUCCUCGCGGCGGCCGGCGGCGAAUGCUAUCAUUGCUCCUGACUUCAAGUUCGAAGAUAUGGGCAUCGGUGGCCUGGAUGCAGAGUUCAGCACCAUCUUCCGAAGAGCAUUCGCCUCUCGCAUCUUCCCGCCUGGACUCGUUGAGAAGCUGGGCAUCCAGCACGUCAAGGGUAUGCUGCUUUUUGGCCCUCCAGGUACUGGCAAAACGCUCAUAGCACGUCAAAUCGGUAAAAUGCUAAACGCAAGAGAGCCCAAGGUCAUCAACGGCCCCGAAGUCCUCAACAAGUACGUCGGCCAGUCAGAAGAGAACAUCCGCAAGCUCUUCGCAGACGCAGAGAAGGAGUAUAAGGAGAAAGGAGACGAAUCUGGUCUGCACAUCAUCAUUUUCGACGAGCUGGACGCGGUAUGUAAGCAGCGUGGAAGCGGAGCAGGAGGCGGUACUGGUGUAGGCGACAGCGUCGUCAAUCAGCUUCUGUCUAAGCUUGAUGGCGUCGACCAGCUCAACAAUAUCCUCCUGAUCGGUAUGACCAACCGAAAGGACAUGAUCGACGACGCCCUGCUCCGUCCUGGCCGUCUCGAGGUCCAUAUGGAAAUAUCGCUACCUGACGAGCAUGGCCGCCAACAGAUCCUCAACAUCCAUACAACAAAGAUGCGCACUAACGGCGUCAUGGACUCGGAUGUUGACCUUGCAGAGCUUGCGAAGCAGACCAAGAACUUCUCCGGUGCAGAGAUAGGUGGUCUCGUCAAAUCCGCUACCUCUUUCGCUUUUAACCGCCACGUCAAGGUUGGCACCAUGGCCGGCGUUUCAGACGACGUUACCAACAUGAAAGUCAACAGGGCGGACUUUGAGCAUGCUUUGGAAGAAGUAAAGCCCGCUUUCGGUGUAUCAGAAGAAGAGCUCGGAAAUUGUCUCCGGGGUGGUAUUCUUCACUAUUCGCCAUACAUUCAGGAUAUCCUCCAGGAGGGCUCCCUGUUCGUUUCGCAAGUCCGUAAUGUGGGCUCGACACCUGUCUUCUCCGUCUGUCUCCACGGUGCUCCCAAAUCUGGGAAGACCGCCCUGGCGGCAAAAAUCGCUAUUGAUUCUGGCUACCCAUUCGUCAAACUCAUCUCUCCUGAAGACAUGGUCGGCAUGUCAGAGGGACAGAAGGUUGCGCAGCUCACAAAGGUCUUCACAGACGCAUACAAAUCUACGUUAUCUGCCAUCGUGGUGGACUCCCUGGAGAUUAUACUGGAAUGGGUGCCUAUUGGGCCGCGUUUCUCGAAUCCAAUCUUCCAGACCCUCGUCACGUUGCUGCGCAAACAGCCACCCCAAGGCCGUCAGCUCCUCAUCCUGGCCACAACGUCGGACCGCAGCAUCAUGCAGCAGCUGGGCAUAUGGCAGGACUUUAGUGCAGAGAUCGCUGUACCGACUGUCGCGUCGUACCAGGAACUGGAGUACGUCAUGAGGGAAAGUCGCGUGUUCUCUGGAGCGGAAAUCGAAAGCGCAAUACGCGAAAUCCAGGAGAUAACGGGAGCGAGAGACGUUGGAGUUGGAAUCAAGAGAGUCCUCCUGGCCAUAGAAACGGCGAAGCAGGACGCGGAUAAGGCCAGUCGGUUUGCGGGAGUGAUGGGAAGGGCGAUCUCGCAGAGGUAG